UAACAGCAUUGAAAAAAAAUUAUCUAAAUUAACUAAUUUUAAAGUAAUAAAAAUUUUAAAGUAAAAAUUUAAAGUAAUAAAUUAAUUUUUCUCAUCGCAUAAUACACAAAACCCAAAAAAUGUAUAUUAAUUUAGAAAUUUUUUGUGGAAUAGUAAUAGCGCUUAUUACUCUCUACUAUUAUUUAACGGUUAAUAAUAAUUUUUGGAAAAAUCGUGGAAUAUCUGGACCAGAACCUCUGCUAGGAUUUGGCAAUAUAAAAAAGGUAUUGUUAGGAAAAGAAUCAAUGUCACAAUUUCUUACAAAGAUGUACCAUGAAUAUAAGAACGAAUCUAUAAUUGGAAUAUUUACAACAAGAACACCUCAAUUAAUUAUCAAAGAUCCAGAUCUUAUAAAAACUAUCUUGAUUAAAGAUUUUUCUAAAAUCAUGAAUCGAGGAUUAUUGCCAAUAGUCUCAGGAGAACCAAUAUCUCAACAUCUUUUCAACAUAGAGGCAGAAAGAUGGCGACCGUUAAGAAUUCAUCUUACACCAGUAUUUACUGCCAAUAAACUUAGAGGAAUGUUUUCCUUGAUUCUUGAGUGUUCUAUGCAUCUCGUAAGUUAUGUGGAUAGCUUAGUAAAAAAAGGAGAACCUAUCAAUGUACGAGAAGUUGCUGCCAGAUAUACCACAGACGUCGUUGGAAGCUGUGGUUUUGGCGUAGACAUGAACUCAUUGUCAGAAAAAGAGAGCGAAUUUCGACGGGUUGGAAAAUCUGUUUUCGCUACAAAUUACGCAAGAAUAAUAAAACAUAGAAUCAGAGAGUUUAUGCCGCGACUAUACAAUUAUAUUCUUUAUUUAUGGCCGACAGACGAAAUGGCGGAAAAAAUUAUAAAACUAACGAGAGAAACACUGGAAUACAGAGAGAAGAACAAUCUCUUGAGGCCCGAUUUUAUGAAUAUACUUUUAGAUCUUAAGAAACAUCCAGAAAAGAUUGGCCUUGAAAUAACAAAUGAAUUUUUGGCGGCACAAGCAUUUAUUUUCUUUGUUGCCGGUUUCGAAACUUCAUCAUCAACGAUUAGCAAUGCUCUUUACGAAUUAGCUUUGAAUCCUGAUAUUCAGGACAAGUUACGAGAAGAAAUCAAGGAAUUCGCAGCAAAAAAUGACGGAGAAUGGAGAUACGAAACCAUAAAGGAAAUGGAAUAUUUGGGAAAAGUUUUUCAAGAAACUCUAAGAAAAUAUCCAUCUUUGCCAUUUUUGAAUAGAGAAUUAAUUGACGAUUAUACUUUCGAAAGUAAUAAAGUGACAAUUCCAAAAGGAUUAAAAAUAUGGAUACCCACUUACGCCAUUCAUAACGACCCAGAUAUUUAUCCAGAUCCAGAAAAAUUUGAUCCUGAAAGAUUUUCAGAGGAUAAGAUAAAACAAAGACAUCCUAUGCAUUUUUUACCUUUUGGACACGGACCAAGAAAUUGCAUUGGUGCACGAUUUGCCGUAUAUCAAACAAAAAUUGGAUUGAUAAAUAUUCUUCGUAAUUUCAAGCUUGAUCUUUGUGAUAAAACGUUAAUUCCUUAUAAACUUCAUCCACGUGGGUUACUGUUAAUUCCUUUUACGGAUUUAUAUUUGAAAAUAACUAGAUUGACGAACUAACGUUUUCUCUUUUUAUUUAUAAUUUUAUUAUUAAUUUUAUUAUUAUUUAGUAUAAAGCGCAUUAAUAAUAAGAAUUUGUAGUAGUAAAGAUAGUAUAUUCAUCAAUGUAAAUAAAAUUUAUGUAAUAUAACAA